AUGAAGUUGCUGAUCUGGUCUAUGAUGCUGAUUACGGGCAUAAAGGCCUGUAUGAAGACUGUACCUGGAGAGAUGCCUGGCGACGAUCCUGUGUGCGACAAUUGUGCUUCUGCCGCUGAGCUGACUUGCGAAGAAUCCAACAUCUGUGACUUCAGUCUCCUGAGAAGAUCGAAAAACGGUGCAUCGUGUUCGACGUAUUCAUGUUCGGCAGGUCAGAUGUAUGCCUAUAUCCACCGGCAGUCUACUCCAGUGGAUGGCGCGAUCUGCGACCGUGACAGUCAGCUGGUCUGGAAGACAACGGAUGGUCAGGCAUAUGGCAAAACUUUACAAGCAACUUGCGCCUUCCGCUGUGAUAAAUGUACGCCGGCCAUACCCCUCAGCUGUCCAUCUGGAUACACUUGUGAUUUCGAUCUUUUGAGGGAAACGGAAAGCGCAGGAAGUUGCAUGACGUACACCUGUACUGAUGGCCAAUUCCUAGGAGACAAUGGAUUGCUGGAAGGGCCUGUAGCUGUAGACAGUGCCGUCUGUCGUCGCGAUAAGAUUUGGAUGUCCCCACUUGGUGAAACGUUUGGCACAACGCUAAGGGCUACUUGUGCAUUUCAACAGUGCAAAAAGGCAGUUUGCGUUGACGGAGUAAUGAAAGCGAAUCCAGGAAAUGUAGCAGUACAAUUACUGUCUUGUAAUACAAUGGCUCAAUGGAUGGAUUCGCUCGGGGAGACCUUCACUGCUGCACAAUGCGAAGCCAGUGAGAGUUGA